AGUGAUACACCCUAAUUAAUAACAAAAUGGCAAUAAUAACAAAUAAUACUGGCCUAACUGUGGAGACUAUACUGACAUACGCGUCGUGUUGCCAUAGUUACAGCCAGACCUUUGUUUGGAAAACUUGAAGGAAGCGUGAAGGCACAAUUAGAAAAAAAGCUUAAAUGUGACCUGAAUUAUUUAGUAGAAAAAUGGCCGACGUCCUUAAAAAUAAGGACGAAGUUGGGCAUAUUUUAGUACAGGUGCAGGAUGAUUUAAGACAACUAAAAAAGAAUCUUGUUCGAUUGACUGUGCAAGAGAAUGGGGAAGUUUUGGACAUUCAAGCUUUGGAUGCAGCCAUCAGCAGGACAGAACAUGGAAUAAGGAGGCAUGCAGAAGAUCAUCUGAAAACCAUUAAUAAUCAGUUUUUGACUCUACCCUGUAUUGAAGAGCCUGAAAAGAAGCCUGUCCCCGCCAAACUUGUUAAAUGGCAGCCACCAUAUGAGACAAUACCAAAUGCACGUCCUCUGAGAUGCCAGAUUCCCGGUCCAUCACCAGGGGAAAAGCACAAGUCAGCAUUUAUCAUGCGUCUGCAAAAUAACCCUUUUCACCCAAAGAACAAGGAGAUUGUGCAACAAAAUUAUGGGAUUCAACUUCCUCAUCUGCACAAGAGAACUGGGGCCAGUGUUGGGACUCAAAGAUUUGUCACUGGUCCCACUUUGAGUUUCGCUGCAGCACGUGAAGGUCUGCCUAAACACCUACACCCCAAACCACCACCCGAAUGUAGAGACACGAAUGCAGGGCUGCUACCCUCAGCAGCUGACCUCUCUUCAGUGCAAACCCCAGUACAGCCCAAAGCUGUCCAUGUGCUCCAGAGAGAGGACAGUGGCCAAAGUAAGACAGAUGAGACAGAAAGGGCUUCAAAACUCGAGAUGGAUGUGAGCAGAGAUGAAAUGGCUCUUGGAAGAUCAGGAACCGAGAGUCCAUCAUCCAGGACCAUUCACACACCCCCUCCUUCAGCUGCUUCUGCAAGCUCUGACAAUGGAGUACUGAAUCGUGGGAUAGCCCGACUCACUCCUCUUAACCUGCAGAGCAUUCCAGUGCCAGCUGCUGUCAGCAAAUAUCCUUUCUCCAUAGCUGAGGGUCAGAUUGACCCAGAAGAUCCUGACUACUGUAGGUUUAAAAAGCAAUACUGUCUCUACUGGGGUGCAAUGGUAGAGGCUUUGGACCAGCUGCAGCGGAUGCUAUUGGACUUUGCAGUGCCACUGGCGCGGGUGUGUGGGGAGCGUCUGGCAGCGUGCGUGCAGAGCGGUGAGCUCGACUGGAGAGACGGCAGGGGCCGGCGCACCCAUGUGGAGAAGCUGCUCUCGGUGCUGGAGAACAGAGAUGAGGUAUGGGACCUGAUGUGUCAGCCUGGCCAGCGCUACAAAGGCAUCGAGAGGCAUCAGGCAGCGGCUGUGUGCAUCCAGACCUGCUGGAGGCGUUACUCUGCCCGUACCGCCUACCUGCUCCAACUCAGGCCCAAAUGGGCGGCACAAGUUAUUGCCAUGUCUCUGCUGAAACGUGCCAAACUGGGCCAUUUGAAGAAGAGUCUACAGGCCUCACGUAUCCGCCAACUGGAAAACUAUCGCAUCAGGGCAGAGAGUCUGGCAGCCAACUGGAAACACAUCACCUCCUCCAAAAGGACGAUCAUCCAUGUGCCAUCAUUGGGAUAUUCCCAACAUCAGAGGCUCAGUCUCAGAGGAUUUGAUGUUCUCCAGAAUACCCAGAUGGGCAGACUGUGUGAUAUCAGAGAUGAGAACGUCGAGGUCAUCUAUGUGUCUCCGGUGCGCCUGGGUGAGGAUGUUCUCCAGUACUACACUCAUCUGCUGGGCCUGCAGACAGCCAUUGAGCUGGGUGACGCUUCUGCGCCUGAGUCCCACUGUGCCAAACGCUUCACUAUUCUCAUGCCAGAAGCACUGGAGUAUUUUUCAACCCGGAAUAUGUGUCUAGCUUCGCUCCUGAAGUACAGUCCUCGAACGCUACAGCGCAUCAAGAAUUUGAUCCAGGGGAAGCAGGCCUACAUGAUCAGCAGUAUCACCUAUAUUGAUGACCUGGCUGUGGCAGAUGAGCUCGAAGUUCCACUUUUGGGCACAGAGCCUGCGGUGACCCAGCUAUACAGCACUAAAUCUGGGGGAAGAAGGAUCUUCAGUAGCGCAGGGGUCGACAUGCCUCCAGGAAAGUGGGAUAUAUACACCCUGGAGCAGCUUUAUGAAGGACUGGCCCGGCUGAUGACAGAACACAUGGAAGUCCAGCGAUGGCUCUUCAAGAUAGAUAGUGAAGUGGGUGGACGGGGAACGGCCUAUUGUGACGCAUGCCAUCUAAAAUGCCGCCCAUGUGCACAGCAGGAGUUUAGCCGCUACGGGCCUGAACAGUGGAGAACAUCACAGUCUCAAGUAAAGGAGUCGGUGAUGAUCAAGUUCUUAGAGGAAGUUCCUCAUCUUCUGGCUUCUUAUGCUCAUCCGGUCAGCACAUCCUGCUAUGCCACAUGGACCUGUUUCCAAGAACACUUCCUCAGGGAAGGUGGAGUGAUAGAAGCCUUCCCGCCUUCGGAUAGUGUGACGUGUCUGACGGUGGAUCUUCUGGUGGAGCCGGGAGGAGAUGUUUGCAUGCUGUCCUGUGGAGAUCAGCUGCGUGGGCCCAGUGGGUUGGAAGUGGUGGGCUGCACUGUACCUCAGACCUCCAUCUGCCCUGACAUCCUGCACUCCAUUUGCACUCGUGUGGGUCAGGCCUGUCAGCAGCGCUCCAUCAUGGGCCACAUCUCCCUGGAUCUAGUCACCUUUCUGGAUCCCAGCAACCUGGAGCAGCAGGUAUGGGCUAUUGAUCUUGACCUGGGCUACAGUAACCAGUUGGCCAUGACGCAGCUGAUGCUCAUGAUGACGAGGGGGACGCUGGACUGUCGCAUCAGUAAAUUGGAGGUUCCUCCUCCAGUCAGAGAUGUGAAGUCUUCCAGAGUAAAGACCAAAGCUAAAACCUCAGUGACUAAUCGCUUUGCAGUGAUGUGCACCCGACUUCUUCACACCAAUCUUUCUUUGGUGUAUUAUAGCACAUUUUUUCUGAUGUGCAAAGCACAGGGCAUAGGUUAUGAUGUCAAGGCAAGGCAAGGCACGGUGUUCGCCCUCCAUGACAGCAGAGAUCGAAGAAGCCUUGGAAUGCUAACAAUCUCGGAGGAUCUCCAGGGAGCUCUGCUGACCUUUGCUCGCAACCUGUCAAUCAUUCAUCAGGAAAUAUCAGCUCCAAAUAUGCAAGGAACAAACAAUUUUAAGGACCUUAUCAAGGACAUUGAGGAAGUCUUGGGCAUGACCGUACAAAACCAAACCACAUCUCAAGAAGAAAAGGAGAUUACUGCAGCCGAAAGCGAACAGUUAUCAUCUCAUAAACCUCACAGAUCAACCCUAAAUUAAUCAACGUGGUUAUAUAGUAUCAUACAAUAGCAUUUACACAUUCAGUUAUAAUUGCUGUUACCAAACAAUUCUAUAGAACUUAGUUAUAGCUGUAAAGUGGCUAACAUACAGUAACAUUAAAAGGAGAUACACACAUGUAUAAAUCUGCUUGAGUGGAUUUCUCCGUGACUUUUUUAGAUCACAUUGUUAUAGUGAUCUAAAAUAUUGUACAAUAUUUAUAUCUAGAAAGAUUAACAAUAUGAACAGGAUAAUUACAUGUGCCAUUCGUGACAUUUAGCUCUUAAUAGCUAGAGAUACAGGAGAGGAAUGUUGCUUAAUCAGUAAACUAUAUAAUGCGUACAUAAAUUAUAAUCACUCAAAAAAAAAAAACAUUUUGAUAGUUUUUAACUGUAGUAACGUCCAGAUAAUAAUUGGUUCUGUUGUAAGUUAUUUCAAGAAAACCUUCAAUAAAUUGUAAAGUUUUUGUGGA